AUGUCUUGGCAAACAAUAAAAUUAAAGUCUGCGUCAUCGCUACUAGGCUUUGUACGAUAUGCCAGUAAAAAAACUGGUGGAAGUACACAAAAUACCAACUGCAAAGUGAAACCUAAACGCAGAGGAUGGAAGGUGCAAGACGGACACUAUGUGAACUCAGGUCAUAUGCUGGCCACCCAACGAACCCCUAGGUUUCAUCCAGGUUUGAAUGUUGGUUUUGGUUGCAAUGGUACUUUAUUUGCAAUGGAAAGUGGCAAAGUUGUUGUGACCUGUGAACAAUUUGACCCUAACUGGGAGCACACUUGGGUCCAAAGGCACUAUGGAGGUCGGGAGCAUCAAAAGAUCUAUAAAAAGUACUUUAAUGUCAUUCCUGAUCCACAACAUAAUAGAUUUAAAUUGGUUGAUGAAGUGUAACCAGUUUUAUUAUGAGUGUAGAAAUAUUAGACAAUAAAGUGUAUAUUAUGUAAGUA